GCCUUUGCUGACAUCCGGUGUCUUCCUGGCCAUCAGCAUCCGAUAUCCUCGAACCAACCUAAAGGAUAUCUAUCUGCACCCAAAAAAACAAUCCUUCGAAAAACUACUCCAUGUCGAUGCGUUAUUUUAACUGAAUGAAAGAUUUUAUCACGUUCAUCAGAUGCAGUGCGGUGGGGUGUUAACAACAUGCCAGCUCAGCGAAUAGCAGUCUGAGUACGGUGCAGUUUUGGUGCCAGGCUGUGGGGUUCGACCUCACAGUGUUGGUGUUGUUUGUGUCAGGGCUCUGGCCCCCUCUCCAGCAGCUGAAGCGCACCAGUCCUGUCCUCUCUGCUCCACGGCCUUCCUCCUGUCCGAGCCAUGACCACCCAGAGGGAGAAUGAUUUGGUGCAUCUCCGCCUUAUCCUGGUCAGUGGCAAAACGCAGGACUUCACUUUCUCUCCAAAUGACUCGGCCACAGACAUCGCCAAACAUGUGUUUGACAACUGGCCAGCAGGAUGGGAGGAAGAGCAGGUUAGCAGUCCCAUCAUACUGCGCCUCAUUUUCCAGGGGCGCUUUCUUCAUGGCAAUGUUACCCUGGGAGCUCUGAAACUGCCACCGGGACGGACGACCGUCAUGCACUUGGUUGCCAGGGAGACUCUUCCAGAGCCCAAUUCUCACGGUCAGAGGAACAGAGAAAAAACCACAGAAAGCAACUGCUGCCUCCUCUUGUAAAGGUUCAGAUGCGUCCCAGUCCCCUACCCCAACAUCAUGCAAGCUAAACCUAACGCAUCUAAACAUGCACAAACGCUGUAAUUUUUUUCCUCCUGCUGCUCGUCUCUUCGCCUGCAGAUCUGGAAGGAAAUCGCAGGAAGGGGACGUGACCCGUUUUGGUUGAACUCUCGUCCCAUCUGAACCUUUUGCUUUUAUUCGUGCCAAUAUGUCCCCCCUGAAUUUUUAAUCUGUCAGCGUCACUUUCUGUAACCAUUUCUCUUAAUUUUAGGAUUCAUGAGUACAAGCACUCUGUCGCACAUUUGCUGAUGGAGGUGUUUUUAAAAAGAUGGCAUUUUUAUUGUUAAAGACCCUGAAACUCGUCCCUUUUUAUUGGACUAAAAAGGAUUUGUGGGUUUUUAACCCGAUGAAUCCCCAGGUCCUGCUGCACUUAACCUGUCUAAUUAUGAAGAGUUCAUUGAUUUAUCUCCUCCUUCAGUAUCGUUUUUAUUAUUUGUUUUUUGGUCACAUAGACCCAAGAUUCCCACGUAGUAGAAAAAUCUGCCACCCUCCUCAUUCCGUCUGCAUUCGUUUGCUUCUGUCAGUGGGCCCAUGUAGAAGAUACUUCAGCAAAGAGAAACUGUUUUGUAUCGCUUUCAGGGACUGUUUUGGAUCCUCGGCUGGUGUUCAGUAGGAGUUUAUUUCCUUAAAGGGCGCUGGCAUGGCAGGUAGGUUAAAUGCGAGCAAAAAAAUCAGGAAAAAGAAGACUGGAGGAAGAUGUUUUGUUAGCUUAAGCCCCCCUCCCCCCUGCAACCACUGGAGUCUCACAACAAGGCAGAAUAUUUUUUGUUUUCCUCCAGGACGGAUGAGGGGAAAAAGGAAAGCAGGGUGGUUUUUUCCCUCCUCCCUGUCAUUUGGAUGCCGUCUGUAGUUCAUGUUUGCCUUUUAAUGUGGAAUUCAUUAAUAUCAUUAAUAAGGAAAUUUAAAUAUAUCAAUUUUUAUCUCGUGUAUAGGUAUUUGUUGAGCUGUAGUAAGGAUGAGUGUGUGUGUGCGAGUGAGGGUGUGUGGUGCACGUGGCAUACUGUGUGAGGACUAGUGAGAUUUAAGUUUUUAAAGUGGUGCACUGUGACGGGCUGCGGUUUCUUCACAAACAGUCGGAAACCUUUUGAUUCCUUCCAUUCAGUGUCCUUUGGUUUGUGUUUUUGUCGGUGUCACUGCUAUGAAGUUUUAGCCCAGUAUGAAUAAAUGUAAAAAAACUAAAAUGCAAUGUGAUCUACAUAAAAGCUUGUAUUAUAAAUGAAUAAAUCUUUACAUAAGGCA